UCUGGGAAAAAAUCGGUAAAACGUGACAAAACGCUCACAGGUCAGAAAAUUAACCGAGUGACCUUUAAAAUAUUUUUCAUUCCAACUGACUGCAACGUAUCCGGGAAACUCCGGUGCUUUUUCGCUUUUUUUAAGAGGUCUCAAGCUGCAAUUGUUUUUUAUGUAGCUGUCGGGACCCGGCAGUCGGUUCCUUACUUUGAAGUGCGCUGCUCCAGCCUGUCGGCUCAGUUGGUGUUGGAGUCGCCUGCAGGAGAGACCUACAGUGCGGCAUGGCAGCCUGAAAGCGUAGGGAGGAGAAAAGGAGGAGGGAGAAGAGCGGUAGUUUUUUUUUCUUCUCGAGUGCAUUUUUCUAUCCGUAAACCGACUCAAACCCAAACGGACUGUAUGUGGACGCGUCGCGGAGACAAGUACUGUGGAUUAUACGCGCUUUUUUGGUGGAUAAAAGAACAACUGGAGUUUAAAUUUGAGGAGAGAACUCGUGGGUCGAUGAGAGAAGACGGACAGACAGACAGAGAGAAGCUCCCCCGCUGACAUAAGAGAGUGAGGAGAUUACAGUAGAAGCUCAGAGGAGGCGAACAACACACAGGCUCUCUCCUGCUACCUUCAGAGCCAUGAGCCGGGCGCUUAUGGACCAUAUCGUCAGUAGUUUCAGAGAAGAUGCUCCUCGACCCCCGGUGCCGGGGGAGGAGGGCGAGGCGCCCUGCUACCCCGGCAAACUCGCAAUGAUGAAACCCCUGGAACCCCCCAAAUCUAUUGUGCUCGGCUCUCCGGGUUCCUCGGCGAGGAGGAACGAGGAUGGUCUUGGGGAGCCAGAGGGGAGUGCCUCCCCGGAUUCACCGCUUUCCCGGUGGACAAAGUCUUUGCACUCCCUCCUCGGGGACCAGGACGGUGCUCUUCUCUUUAGGACAUUCCUGGAGCGAGAGAAAUGUGUCGAUACUUUAGACUUUUGGUUCGCCUGCAAUGGCUUCAGGCAAAUGGACCUCAAGGAUACCAAAACGCAGAGAGUCGCCAAAGCAAUUUACAAGCGCUACAUCGAAAACAACAGCAUUGUCGCCAAACAGCUCAAACCCGCGACAAAAACCUUCAUACGGGAUAAUAUCAAGAAGCAACACAUAGACUCUGCGAUGUUUGACCAGGCGCAGACCGAGAUCCAAACCAACAUGGAGGAGAACGCGUACCAGAUGUUUCUGACCUCUGACAUUUAUCUCGAGUACGUGAGGACUGGGGGAGAGAACCCGAAUCACGUCAACUCGAACGGUUUGGGAGACCUGAAAGUCGUGUGUGGAUACCUGCCCACGCUCAAUGAAGAGGAGGAGUGGAGUUGUGAUUUCAAAGCCAAAGCGCUGGUUGGACUGUCAGCGAAGACGCAGAGAGCCACCGUGUCCAUAAGGACGAUGGAGAUGAUGGACAGGGGAUACAGAUCAUACAAGAGAGGAGACUCAUUCAACGGCUGCCAUGUGGGCUCACUGGCCCCCGUCAGCAGCACCAACGACAGCGAGGUGUCCAGUGACGCCAUGACCGACGAUGCCAUGUCUGUGACUGACAGCAGCGUAGAUGGCAUUCCUCCGUAUAAACUGGGCUCCAAGAAGCAUCUACAGAGAGAGAUGCAGCGCAACAUGAGGAUGAACAGCCAAGUCUCUCUGCCUGCUUUCCCUCGCACUCGCCGUCCUCCCAAGGAGAUGGUCCCAAUGGAGCCAGCCGAGUUUGCAGCCCAGCUCAUCUCCCGCUUGGAGAGCCUGAAAAGAAAGCAGGACACCAUCAACUCUCUGGAGGAGAGGCUGCAGCAGAUUCAGGAGGUUUGUGAGGAGGAAAGAGAGGAAACGGAGGUCAUGGCAAGUGCUCCCCAGCUCUCUCCCCACCCCUUGACCCUCCUCCCUGGCUCGUCUGAUGAGGACCCCCAGGCGAUCCUGGAUGAUCACCUCUCUCGUGUCCUGAAGACCCCGGGCUGCCAGUCCCCUGCUGUCAUUCGCCACUCACCUCGCUCCAGCUCCCCAGAGCACAAGACCUUCACACGGGCAGGCUUUGGAGUCAAGACCCUGGUAAGGACAGGGCCCUCCAGUGCUUGUGUCUCUGGUCCCGACCAGGGAGCCAUCACUCUGGCCUUGGGCCCCAGCAGAGCCCUCGUAAGCAGACAGAGCACAAAACACAUCCACCACCACUACAUCCACCAUCAUGCCAGUCCCAAGACUAAAGAGCAGAUUGAAAGGGAGGCGGCCCUCAGAGUCCGCAGCCUGUGCACCAGCAGUGGAGAGUGUCAGCCCUGCCAGCCCUGCCAGCGCAGCCGCAGUCUGGGCAGAGAGAUGUGUGGGGCCGUCUCAACAGACAGCAAUAUGGGACGGUCCAGCUCUCUGUCCAGGCGUGUGUGUCGUUCAGGGGCUGAAGAUGGAGUAGCAGAGAGGUGUAUGGAGGACUGUGGGCCUUUACAGCUGCCCAGUGAUACAACAGACCCCACCCAGAAUGUCUUGCAGUGGAUCCUGGAAAGUAAACGGCAGGGCAGGCACAAGUCUCACAGUAACCAGGGCACCAAGAAAUCCUUUGGAGGCUCAUCUACCCAGACACACACAUGGGGUGGUGGUGGAAGCUGCGGCCACCUACGUAGCCACCAGCCAGCCCAGCCAUUCAUCCAAGACCCAGCCAUGCCUCCUCUGCCUCCUCCCAACACUUUGGCCCAGCUGGAGGAGGCCUGUCGCAGACUGGAGGAGGUCUCCACCAAGACCACCAAGCAAAGGCAUUCAAUGUCCAGUCUCCAGCAAGAGAAGAGCCAUCUAGUGCCUGUCCAGGGUGAGGGCUCCGCCCCUCCAUCUUUAGCCAAUCCCAGCCCUGCUGGCCUCCUCACGACCAGCCCCAGUCUCCAGUCAGAAGAGAUGAAGGAGUGUAAAAAAGGCGCAGGGAGCCACGGGAUGUGCAGUGGCGAGACAGUGGUGACAUAUUUCUUCUGUGGAGAGGAGAUCCCCUACCGGAGGACCAUGAAGAGCCACAGUCUCACCCUGGGCCACUUUAAGGAGCAGCUCCGCAAGAAGGGAAACUACAGGUACUACUUCAAGAAGGCCAGUGAUGAGUUCGAGUGCGGCGCGGUGUUUGAGGAGGUGUCAGACGACGGCUCCUUGCUGCCCACUUAUGAGGGCAAGAUCCUGGGCAAGGUGGAGAGGAUGGAGUGAGGACCUGCCCAUGUCGUGGAUUGAACUCCCACAGACGCUUCACACCUCCAUGGAUGUACUCCCUUCAUAUGCUCUCUCUCACACACAUACACACACACACACACACACACACACACACACAGAAAGUAUGUGUCUUUUAAGCUAAGACUGUAAUACUGGAGAUGCCGAAGGAAUGUUGGCGAGGCACAACGAGAUGAAAGACGGAGAGGAGAAAAGAAAGAAGGACAAGUUAUCGCUAUCACGGGACUAUCACGUGAGCAGCCUGCCUUGAAGUGAAGAAAGGAUUGUGUAUCGCAGGACUGAGAAAUGUUUGUGUUUGAUGGAGAGAAAACUGUAGAGACUCAAGGUGAAUGACCACUCCUCAAAGAAGCAGGGCGGUGGGUACAAAUCUGAGACUGCCAGCCUGCCCGACCCUGCGUAUGCUAGCAUCUGCUCACGGGCAUGCGCUAGCACACCGCUAAUAUGUAUAUGCAGAUAUACAUGUACAUUGCAUUGUAUUGUGAUGCUUGUAUUGCUGUGUUAAGAUUUCUAUUGCUAUUUAUUGAAAGUAUCCCUGCCCCAACCCUGUUAUUCUUCCAUGGACAAGCUGCUUGGAGUUGGAGAAACUUCUCCAAUUUUCCACCUCCAUGAUUUUUUUUUUUUUUCAUCCCGCUGUCUGAGCAUUGUUUCUCAAGCAGAAGGAAAUGGGUUUUUUAUUCAUUUUCUGUCCCUCAUAUUGAACUGUAAACUUCAAAAAUACCUCUUCAAAAACUUCACUCCUGUUCCUGGAGAUUUGGCAGGACAUCUCCUGAUCUCUUGGCUGGAAGAGCUUACUGCUGAAGCUUUGAGAAUGGCUCUCUGUCACUUAAAAAGUUUGAUAAUAUAUUUACUACUGCAGUGCUAUUUGUGGCUGUGUCCCCAUCUGUUCCUAAGGGCCCUGGGUGUACUAUGAAAAAGGAACAAAAAUGCUAUUAAUGUUUAAUUCCCUGUUCUGGGACUGUGCCCAGCUAGCCUUGAUCUAUCGCGUCUUAGUGCCUUUGUUUCAGUGGCGCAGGCAUUGCACAAGUAGCCUAUGUAUUUGCUAAGAGGAAACAGGUCCUCGAGUCCCCAAAAUGUGUUUACACCAAUAUUAAUAUUUUCCAACAAAAAGCUCUAUAAUGUGCUCCCCGGCGUGCUUACCUAUGUGAUUGUGUGACUGAGUUGUUUUUGAGUAGGGUUACUCGUGUGUAUUUGAAGCCUGCACUAUGAGCUGCAGAUGAUGGUGAUGAUGAUGGUGAUGUACACUAUGUCCAUAGUGUUUUAAUUGAGUACAGUAGCUGUGCCUACAUGGAUUCUUGCCGUGUUUUACCCAGUUUUCAGGGUCCUAUUACUCCCUUGGUUUUCGCAAGGGGCCUUAUGUUGAAAAGAUAUUUUUAUGCUUUUUAGUAUCCGUUUCAUCAUGUUUAUGUUUUAUAAUAUUUUUCAUGGCUUCCUUGGCUCCACUUGUAAACUGUAAAUUAUGCGUUCUAUAGAGCUCAGUUGAAAAGAUGCCUCGGUACUUUAAUUAUUGUAAUUAUGAAGAGAUGUAGCCUUUAUUAAAAUGUUCUAUUUUUCAAAUUAGCAAA